AUGUCUCUCCACUCCUAUAUUAAUAAGAAAGUCCUCGUGCUGACGGUUGACGGACGGACUCUCCUUGGGACGCUCCUUUCCACGGACCAGUUAACUAACCUGGUUCUUCUGGAUACCAUCGAACGAAUCAUCCGCACGCCCGAUGACCCCGAGCCGAGCUCCCAGAUCGAACACGGUCUAUACCUGAUCCGAGGCGAUAACGUGGUCGUAUGCGGCGAGGUAGACGAACAGAUUGAUGGCGAUAUCGACUGGGCCAAGGUUAAGGGCGAAGUGGUCAAGGGCACCAAGAACGCAUGA